AUGCUGUGCUGCAGCCUGUUAUUGGUGCCGGUGGCGGUGCUCAUGACGUACGUGGUGGCGCGGUCUCUGCCGCCGCCAGAUGCCACUGCCGGCGUCCGGAGUCCCUUCUGCGACGAGCCGGACCCGGAGCUGCGGCGCGCUGCGGAGCUGGUGUACUGGUGCGCCACGGCCGUGCUCACCGUCGGCGUCGCUUCGCUGCCCGAGUUCUGGACCGCCCUCGACAGGACCCGGCGCUAUUGGAAAGCGGCCGACAGCACGCCCGCAGCCGCACAGCAGGGUCGAAGGCGGAAGCGCGAACUAACGUCUCACCAGAGGACGGCGCCCCGCGGCCUGGUGCCAUCCUAG